CCUUCCUUCGUGUUGGACGUCCCCCUUUCAUUUCAACGCCACCUUCAGACGGCCUUUAUCUUUUUCCCGCGUGCCACAACCGGCCACAACAGCAACUGAUCACGGCCUUGCGAUGAUGCUCCUGGAGACCCUUCCUGUCCUGCUGCUGCUGCUCAUCGCUUCAGCGGACGCCUUUCGGAUUCAGCCAAAGGCGGCGAAUGACGCACGCGCAGCUCUCUCCCUACCCGGCGCAUCUCUUUCCCACCCGCCAAGACCAUCCCGCAGGACCCUGCACGUGGCACACAGCCUGCCCACCCUGAGCAAACAAGAGGCCGCCGUCACCAGCCAGGGAGAGCCAGCGGUGCUGGAGAACACAUUGACGACCCGUGAUCUUGACCCAGACGCCUACCUGCAGUUCCUCCGAGACGCUAAUCUGAAUGUCGCUCACUUCCGACGAGAGGCGCCGGGAGAGCUGGUGGCUUCGCUGCGGGAGCACAGCCACGGUGAGGGGUUUCCCAACAUCCGGGGGCUGCAUCUGCGGCGGAACGCGGUGGGGAGGGUGGUGGACGAGGAGCUGAGGGAGGGGGGGAUGGACGCUGCUGCGAGGAGGGACCUCGUCAAUGACAUUCAGGUCAGUCAGUGAGUGUGUGAGUGGAUGGGCGGGGAGGACGGCGGACAAAAUGAAUGCACUUGAUGUGUUGACAUGCAGGCCAACGUGGACUUCACAGUUCUGGGUGCGUCGCGGUACAUGUCCUCCUCCUCCUCCUUUUCUGCGGACCAGCCCCAGUGCUGCUCAGUGGACACGGACCAGGUGGUGCUCAACUUCUACCGCACCGACCACACCAUGUGCCCCAGGUGGCACUGCGAUCAAGUGUUCCUGCGCCUGCUUCUCACAUACCAAGGGCCGGGCACCCAGUGGGCCCUCACAAGCCACACACGCACACCAACAGCCGCCGCCCCCCGCUUCUCCGUGGCCCAGUGGCUCGGCAGCAGCAAGACGACACAGACUGCCGCGGCCAUGCAGCCGAGUGUGGAUGCGCCCCAGCAGAGCGACCCGUUUGAUGUCUUGGUGCUCAAGGGCGACUGGUUCCGGGAUGUGGGGAGUGGCAGUGGGGGUGAGGGUGAGAAGGUGCGGUUUGCGAAUGCAGCGCUGCACCGGUCGCCUGAGUUCCCUGUGGCUGACGGUGAGGGGGAUGGUGAAGGGUUGGGGUACCGAGUGCUGCUGGCGGUGGAUGUGCUGCUCAAGCAUGAAGGCUGACAGACAGACAGACAGACCGGCGCGACUGAGGGGCGUGUGGCGUGUCGAAUGCUUGAUGCAAUGCAUGGCGUGUACGAGGGAAGCUAGCUGGGGCGUAUUUGUCUAGCGCUGCGGGAUCCCACCAUCCAUCAGCCAUGUGCAUGUCCAUGCCCCCCGGGGCCGAUGGCGGACCAAGAUAGUGUGCCGUUUGAGGGGAGCAGCGACACACUACCUGGUCCGUUGUAGGCGACGUGGGAGGGAGGUGUGUGGCGUGGCGGUUGGUACAGUUUUGUCUCUUGAGUGUGUGCUGGCUGGCCAAGCCGAGACCACUGUUUGACGUCUGAUAGUAUGUCCACACAUACACACAUAAGCACAUUGAAAUCAAUCAUGGCCAUGCAGGACAGGCAGGGGUGGACACGCG